AUGUAUAUUUUGGACAUCCACAACGACAUACGUAACCAUGUGGCUUCCGGCCAAGAGUCUAGAGGAGCCCUAGGAAAUCAACCCCCAGCAGCUGAUAUGUUUUUACUGGAAUGGGACGAAGAGCUUGAGGCAAUAGCUCAAAGGUGGGCUGACCAAUGUAUUAGUGCAAAUGCUAUUGUACAACAUGAUAAAUGCAGGCGAACAGAAAAUUUUGAAGUUGGCCAAAAUGUUGUGACGGCCAUCUCGCCUGAUGUGCAACUACCAGAGCUUUCUGUACUAAUAUUGAACUGGUAUAAACAAAUCACGUCGAUCAUACCAUCAGACGUCGAUGAAUUUACUGGGAUAUGGAGAGGCAAGCACCAGGUUGGCCAGUAUACUCAACUAGUCUGGGCAAAGACUAGGCUUGUCGGUUGCGCCGUAGCGGCAUUUAAGGAAACUGUCGGCGACGCACAGUAUAUUAUUCGUUUUGUUUGCAACUAUGGUCCUGCGGGCAACGUUGUCGGUCAGUCGGUUUAUCAAAGGGGAAAGCCGUGCUCCAGGUGCCCCUAUAGGACAUGCGACGAGAUGCGUCCCAAUUUAUGUGGAGCUAACAGCAACUUUGGUCCUGUCGAUGAAAUUUAUGGACAGUUUCAUAGAAGAUACAUUAGAAAAUUUAAUAAUCUAGAAGAAGGUGAUGACUGCGUAUGUCUAUUUACAUUAGACUAAAAAAUUAGUGUCGAACGUUUUCAAAAAUAUACUUAACUUACAAUUGCUUUAUUUAUCUAUUUUCUUUAAUAUUAAGAUUUGAGGUUAAUAUG